AUCGUGAUAGGAAAACCCCGUUAUCCAAUGAAAGUGUAGUGAGUACGGCAAAAUCUGUGCUGCUCAGCAUUGCAAUGAUGAAAACGACAAAGCCGGCAUAGAUUUACUCCCGGUUUCCUGUGUAGGCUAGUCCUAUACAUUUCAACAGCUUAAGAAAUAAUACACCCAUACUCCUCAAAACCCCCACGGCGGCAAACAGGCUUACAACCUCACACCCACUCACGGAAUGCAGAAGAAAAUGAGAGAGCUUGAUAUUAGAUACUCGCGGAAUCUAGUUUCACUGGCCACCGCCGCGGCAACUUCGCUCUCUCCCAUCAUCAUGGCCAUUCGCCGGAACUGAACAUAUAAAGUAGGGUUGGGUCUUAUGUUGCCAAUGAGCUUCUAUACUAAUGGGAUACGGCAAGGAUGGUGCCCUAGUGCGAUAUAAUGAAUCACAGGAUAAAACCGGAGGAAACACCCUCUCCGAGUGACCCAAGAUCGUGCCAUUCCCGACCUUCACGAUUCAUAUCACCUAGAUCUAUUGAUCUCUAUAUAGCAGGUCGGACUGCCGAUAUACUUCCCCAUGACCGCAAAAUUCUCUUUCAUACUCUAGACUCUUUCAAUUUCCCGUAAACCCUCUCGAAGGCAUUUAAACUCAGAGAAGUGAAGACAUCUCGGGCUAUGGAGUUGUUGUGGCUCCAUGUUGAUAUCGAAUAACCCCUUCACAGCCCGUGGCAAGAAGCGAAGCGAAUUACAUUUAGUAGCAUUCAAUAAAUUUAUUUCUCCUUGUA